CAUUUUCUAAUUUAAAUGUCUCCCUCCCUAUCUACAAAUUCACUCCUCCCAAUCCCUUCCAUGUCCACAAAUUUCGCUGCACCACCCUCCCUUCUCCAGCACCCCUUCCCCUUCCUCCACUCCCCUUCCCCCAUGCCACCAACAUGCCUCCACUCCUCCACAACCCAAACCCCUUCCCCCAAAUUCGACGACGACCUCCUCUUCCCCGAUUACCUCAAAUUCCCCCACCUCACUAGUACUCUCCCCGAUGUCGAUACCAAUCCAGCCCCGGAUUUGUGGCUGCGGAUAGAGGACGAGGCCAGGGCCAUCAUCGCUCAAGAGCCCAUCUUGUCAAACUACUACUCCACCUUAAUCCUAUCCCAUGACUCCAUGGCCAGCGCUCUUGCCAAUCACAUCUCCAUCAAAUUGAGCGACCCCACCCUCCCCGUCGCCACUCUCUACGAUCUCUUCUCCGGGGUUUUGAGAGAUGAUCACGACAUCCUGCCCGCGGUCUGCUACGAUUUGCUGGCGGUGAAGGAGAGAGACCCCGCCUGCAUCGCCUACGUCCACUGCUUCUUAAACUUCAAGGGCUUCCUAGCCUGCCAAGCUCACAGGGUCGCCCACAACCUCUGGAUGAAGGGCCGGAAAAUCCUGGCGCUGUUGAUUCAGAGCAGAGUGUCGGAGGUUUUCGCGGUGGAUAUCCACCCGGGGGCGAGGAUCGGGCGGGGGAUACUGCUGGAUCACGCGACCGGGGUGGUGAUAGGGGAGACGGCGGUGAUCGGGGAUGAUGUGUCGAUACUGCAUAACGUGACGCUGGGAGGGACCGGGAAGGCGUGCGGGGACCGGCACCCCAAGAUUGGGGAUGGGGUGCUGAUUGGGGCGGGGACUUGUGUGCUUGGCAAUGUGAGGAUUGAGGACGGGGCUAAGAUUGGGGCGGGCUCGGUGGUGCUGAAGCGGGUGCCGGCGAGGACGACGGCGGUGGGGAAUCCGGCGAGGUUGAUUGGUGGGAAGGAGAAUCCGAUUAAGAUGGAUAAGAUGCCGAGUUUCACUAUGGAUCAGACGUCGCAUAUUUCUGACUGGUCGGAUUAUGUGAUUUAGUUUGUAAUAGUGUGUGUGUCUGUGUUGUUUGGGUUUGGGAGGGUUUUGGGGUUUUAUGCUUGUAAGAGAAAGCCUAAGUUUUCCUAUUGGCGUAGAUGCAAUUCUUGAAUCCUUUGUUGUGAAUGUGAAUGUGAAGUUAAGUGGCUCUGUUUUUGUGA